AUGGUGCCAUGGCUGCUCAGCGACAUCUUGAUAGUCGCGGGGGCAGCGACUGCCGUAGCCUGGCAUGGCAGAGGGAUGCUUCUCGUGUUCAAGACUCGUUCGGGGCCGUUCAAUCAGAUGUGGUUUCCGAGGAUGUGGAUUUUGUUUCUCUUCCUGCUAUGGACUUUUUCCUUUGGCCUCUGUAUGUCGCAGGUUCAGGCAUUGCUGCCGGGGAGCGCAGCAGAGGCAUGUCAAGCCUUCUCCUUUGUCAAAGAUGGAGUUCUUGAGCCAUGGACUUGCAUCCUCCUGGUCCUGCUGCUCAAGAUACAAUGGCCAGGGACGGUUGUGAUCGCGCUCCAGUGGAUGAGGGGGCAGCUGCAGGGCUCCUUCAGUAGUGCCCUCAAGCAGUUCGAUGCGUCGACAGUUCACUUGUCUCCUGCAGCGACGAUGUGGCUUUCAAUGCUGCUGCUUGUCCCCUCGAUCGCCUUCCAUGUCACCUGGUACAAGUUCAGCCUCUCGGGAUCUGCGUGGGACCCGAUGGCAGUGACCUACUCCAGCCCAUGCUCGGCCACCUGCUGGGGUUUCUUUCUACGACCUCUGCGCCAUCUUCUUCUUGCAGCUCUAUGCUACGAGACUGGCCGGCAUGGCCAUCAACAGGAAGAUCAGAAGCAGGCUCUUCAUCUCCUUCUGCGGUACGUCUCGCUGCUCCACAGAGCGAUCAUGGGAGGCGACCUGGCGCAGUGGAAGAAGGAGAUCAUCUUCAUCUGCUACUUCUGGACAGUGGUCGUGUUCGGCAUGUCGUCCUCGUGGCUCCUCGUCUUCAGGCCCGUGCUGCAGUCCAGGUCUCUAUCGAUGCCCCGCAAGGAGAAGAAGGAGGAGGUGAAGGAGGCCAAGACAGCGAGCUCCUCGCAAGGGAGUCGAGGGCAUGCCGACACGACUCUCCUGUACCAUAUGCCCUUGACAGACAUAGUGGAGGGUGGCGGGAAGACGGAGUGA